GCCAUUUUGGACACGCCCACUCCUCUCCUCCCUCCUCGAGCUUGGUCUCGUGAUAGCCGUUACACUGAUCAGCUGUUAGCUUCUUAAGCGUAGCCGCUAAUAGAGUCAUGAUAUUCAGAUAGCUAAAACAAAGCUGGAAGUGUACGCAGAAUAAUCUCAAUAAAGUUCAGUAAAGAUGUUGUCUCGUCUCCUGAAAGAACACCAGGCGAAGCAGAACGAGCGGAAAGAGCUGCAGGGUGAGGAAACAGCGACGGAGCUAACUGAUGCUAACGAAUGCUAAAAACAAAGCGGGAUGAAAGGUCUUACAGGUGUCUCAGUCCUUUAAUAAAUAAUGAUUUCCUUCUCUUUAUCGAUGAAUUUGUUUUUUAUCUUUGCACAGAGAGGCGCAGGCGUGAAGCUAUUGCAGCAGCUACUUGUCUGACAGAAGCUCUGGUCGAUCACCUCAAUGUUGGGUAUGUGUGUCUGUGCAGUCUCCUGAUGUUGCAUGUCUAGCUUUUUAGCAGUUGUAGUCAUGGGGGUUCAGAUUCCGGAGUUUGGGUUUGUUAUUAGCAAUACUGCUGUUCUGGAAGUCACCACCUGAUGUACGGUAUAUCAGCUGUAGUGUUAAGAGUCUGGAGUUGCUACAGAUAGGGGAGACCGGGGCUUGUUAUCACACGGGCAAGUUGUCAUAUUGCAAUUUUCUUUGCCACCAGAGGGCGCAACUAAAAAGUGGAAUACUAGUUUUCUUCCUUUACAUGGUCAGGGGUCGUGUCCUGUCUGAGAAGAGAAGAGCACAUUGUGAGCUGAGAUGAGCGCCAAUUAACCCUUUCACACAACCCAAAGUAAAAAAAAAUUAACUUGUAAUAAAAUUCAAUUCAAUUGAGUAUUUCAAAAUAAGCCUCUCCCAGAUAAAAAUCCCAGCUGUGAUACAUGUGGACUUGUUAGAGGAGAGUUUAAGGCAUCCUGUCAUACCUCAGUCAUUGUUCUGUUUUAAGCGAACUUUAAUCUAGUUAUAAUUAGUUAACAUGGUAGUUUGGGGCAACAUGUCUCAGUCAAUUUGGGGUCAGAAAAGAUUGUUUCGUUUACACGGUGUAAGAAAUAUCAGUGUCAAAAGGACAACAUUUUCAAGACUUAAAAAAUUAGACUUCUAAGAGAAAAAAUAUGACUUUUUUACAACAUACUGUACAAUGCUUUGUUUUCAUUUAAUAGUUAAACCAUUGCCCUUCUAAAUGUAGAUUCCUGUUUUUCUUUAAGAGUUGCCCAGGCGUACGUAAACCAGCGUAAACUGGACCAUGAGGUGAAGACCCUCCAAGUGCAGGCGAGCCAGUUCUCCAAACAAACUGCUCAGUGGAUCAGUAUGGUAGAGGGUUUCAAUCAGGCCCUAAAGGUAAGAUAAAUAAAACCUACAAACGAUUUAUCACCAUAUUACCUGCUUAUUUACAAUGUUUACUAAAAUCAUCCAGAUUUUUAACCGUGCAGCUGUUAAUCAACACGUUUGUAUUACAGUUUACAGUUUGCACUUGUGAGAGUAAAAGAUUCCUGAUUUUAUGUUUCUGUUGAAUUACUUUUAUAGGAAAUUGGGGAUGUGGAAAACUGGGCCCGCAGUAUUGAGAUGGACAUGAGGACAAUCGCCACAGCUCUGGAGUACGUUCACAAAGGUCAACUUCAGACAGCCUCCUCAUAAAUCUCAUGGUGGGAUUUUUAGAGCAAGAGACUAAACACUGAAAAGAUCCUGUUGAAGAAGACGCAAUUUGCAUUGACUUGUUUUGUCUGUUUGCUUAUCUAAGUAGGCUUAAGCUAAUGGUUAUUUCUGCUUUUCAAAAGUGUCAAAGCUCGGUGUAUUUGAUCUCUAAAGAUAUCACAUGUAUAAACGUUGUUCACCUGCUUAUGUUAGUUUUGAGAGGCCAAAGACGAAGACCUCUGAUUUAUGUCGAUGUGCAGUGUAACUGUGCUGCUUUUUUUAAGAUGACUUAACUGUCAAUUUUGUUACCAUGAAGUUAAGUGAUGAAACAUUAUUUAAAAUAAAAGUUUAAAAAUGCACAAGUGUUUUCUUAUUUGAUUAGAUAAGGCUAAAUAAAU